AUGACUACUUCUCCCACCCCCAAGCCAGACAAGCCUCGCAAGCUACGGUCGGCCUGCGAUGCCUGUCACCGAUCCAAGACUCGAUGCUCGGGCGGCAACCCUUGUACCCGAUGCCACGAGUAUAUGAGCCCAUGUACCUACAGCUAUUCCUCCCGCUGCGGUAAACCCAAGGGGGCCCGUAGCCGCAAAACUCUGGAGCGGGAGCAGCGGGUGGCGGCGGCAGCGGCAGAGUCCGCUCGGAUGGCGGGGAAUCCGCUUCCGUCCCGUCCAGCCGCCGCCUCAGCCACCGCGACAGCCACUCCCGCCCCGUGUCCAGCCACCGACUCCGCGGCUGCCGCAACUGGCGCAACUGGCGCCACCACGUCCGCGGUCGCGUCUCCUCGCAUGGACGACUGCGGUGAGAAUACCGGGGUUACAGCGUUUUCGACGGACUGGAUCCCUCCUCUGCCGUCCAUAUCCGAUUCCGACCUUUCAUUUCCGUUAUUAGAGUCAAGUUUAGGCCCCGACCCUGACCCCAAUGACUCCCUUUUCUGGAGCACGAUCGCCGAGCCUGAGUGCCAGCCGGCGAGCAAGGAGCUGCUGGAUCCUCGAGCCAACCUGCUGCGCUCCUGCAAAUGCCUCCAGACCCUCAGAAACCUAACCUCUCGAGAUAUCCGUCGAUUCGAUGCCACGUUUGUCUUUGUCCGGAACUUUGCUCGCGCAUUUUCCGCCUUCUAUCGUUGUUCACACUGCCCGAAAGAUGCCGGCAGUAUCAGCAUGGCAGUGACCGCGCUGCUGCUGGCAACGACGGCCCUUGAAAAGACCACCAACACAGGGACCGAAGCUGCUGUCUUCAACUCCGAUCUCUUCCCGCCGUCGAGCAACAGCAGUGCCACCAAUUCCUUGACCCAGCUGGGAAGCUACCAAAUCGCCCCUCUUCCGGGAGAACCCGACGCGGAGGAGCAUAGUGAGAUUCUGAACAUCUUGAUUCGGUCCGCGGUGCGCCGCUUAUUGGCCGUCUGCUGGCAGAUCUGGGAUCUGCUCCGUGGUCCCGCUUCCCGCGACGGCCGCGGGCAUGUCUUUGAUCCCCUUGACUCGUCUUCCUCUUCUUCGUCCUCCUCUUCCUCCUUCUCAUUCGCCCCCGACAAUAACCAACUCUUUGAUCUUUCAUGCUCGGCCGAAACUGCCCAGUUUCGGAGCACGCUGGUCCAGAUACCGGCUCGACUGUGCAAUUUGCUGGCGUGA